AUGUUCGGGCCACGCACAGCCACCGCUAGAGCAUCGUUACUCGGACUUUACCGCAAUCUGCAUAGAACAUGUCAUUUUCUGUUGCCCAUCGUGAUCAGUUCAGACUGGGUCAGUAUUCAGGCCAUGGCAAGCAAAGGCUACAAACAGGGUAACUCUACCGGUGAUGCCCGAGCCACUCCUUUCAAUGCUCUCUUUGCCUGUUACAGCAAUGCAUUCGCAAGUGAAGCACUAGAAAUCCUGCAAAUGUUUCUAGCCGAAAGAGUACUGCGCUGUUACGAUCACCAUUGUAUAUCACCGUAG